UAAAUUUUACCCAUAUCCAAGCUAUCCAUAGAUUUUUCACCAAUUUAAAUCAAUCUAAAAUCAGAUCCGGAGUAAAAUUGACAGCCGCAUCCGGAAGAGUGAGGAGAUAGAUAUCCAAGUAUCCAACAAUCAACUGGGCCAAAGACAGGAACCUCGCAAACCGUCCGUCAGUGCUGUACGAGGCAGCGGUUGGUUGUAGUAGGGUCAAAAUCAAACAGCAAGACAGAGGGAUCAAUGAAACAUAAUUAAGAAAACUGGGAAUCUAAGCACUAAACAGAGUAGAUUCUUGCAAAGCCAGCUCUAAAAGGGAAAUGGGUUUGACUUGCAGGCCUCUAUGUCAAUCCUCUGUGGCGUUCCAAUCCUUGAAUGCGUGUACUGCCUUGGCUGUGCUCGUUGGCUUUGGAAAAAAUGCCUAUACUCUGCUGGUCAUGAAAGUGAGAACUGGGGCUUAGCCACAGCUGAAGAAUUUGCGCCUGUGCCUCGCCUUUGUCGCCUAAUCCUAUCUGUCUAUGAAGAUGAUCUUCGAAACCCACUUUGGGCGCCGCCGGGAGGCUAUGGUAUUAAUCCUGACUGGGUAGUUGUAAAGAGAACUUAUGAAGAUACAGGGGGGUGUGCUGCUCCUUACAUGAUUUACCUUGAUCAUGAUAAUGCUGAUGUAGUGUUGGCUAUUAGGGGGCUUAAUUUGGCGAAGGAAAGUGACUAUGCAGUUUUACUUGAUAAUAAAUUGGGGCAGACCAAGUUUGAUGGUGGUUAUGUGCAUAAUGGGCUAUUGAAAGCAGCAAAGUGGGUUUUUGAUACAGAGUGUGAGCUUUUGAGGGAUUUGGUUGAGAUGAAUCCAGAUUAUAGGUUGACUUUUGCUGGACAUUCAUUAGGUGCAGGGAUAGUGUCGCUGAUAGUAAUGCACGCUGUCCAAAAUCGGGAUAGAUUGGGGAACAUUGAGAGGAAGAGGAUCAGAUGCUUUGCCAUGGCUCCUGCUAGGUGUGUGUCACUGAAUUUGGCUGUGAGAUAUGCUGAUGUUAUCAAUUCUAUCGUGCUUCAGGAUGAUUUCUUACCUCGGACGACCACUGUUCUGGAAGAUGUUUACAAAUCGAUUUUCUGCUUGCCUUGUCUGUUAUGCCUAAUGUGCUUGAAGGAUACUUGCACUCUUGAGGAGAAGAUGCUUAAGGAUCCAACACGGCUAUAUGCACCAGGACGGCUAUACCAUAUUGUCGAGAGAAAGCCCUUCAGGAUAGGAAGAUUUCCACCAGUUGUCAGAACAGCAGUCCCUGUGGAUGGGCGCUUUGAGCACCUAGUUCUUUCAUGCAAUGCGACUUCUGAUCAUGCCAUUAUCUGGUUGGAGAGGGAAUCUCAAAGGGCUCUUGAUAUUUUUAGAGCUUGCUUGUCCAGCUUCUCAAAGAGGAAAAAAAUGAAAGAAAACCUUGGUUUAUCCAGUUGAGGGAGGGUAGUCAGCUUUUAAACAACUCCUGGGUAGCUUGAAAUAGGAGCUUUUGGAAUGUUUGUUGAGGCCAAUUUGUGGCAGUUUUCUUAUAAAAUCCCGAGACCUGUCAUCUCCGCAACUCCACUAUAAAUGAUAAAGGCGGUGUCAGUCAAGUGGUGUAUAUUUGCUUGGUUAAAUUAGAUGCUAUAAGAUUGAGAAUUAACUUCUACAUUUACAACAUAUCUGAAACACUAUCUCCCUUGUCAGUUGAUGCUGGAGAAAGAUCGGAUCAUGGAAAUUCCAGCACAACAGCGGAUGCAGCGGCAGGAGUCUCUUGCACGUGAGCACAAUGAAGAGUAUGAGGCAGCACUUCGGAGAGCUGUUGCUUUGGAAAUCCCACAGGCAGCCUAC